GAAAGUUGUUCACUUCCUGACCAGCACUGCCCUGUCAUUCAAGCUCAACUUCCUUAUCCGGAAAGCUGAGUUACAAAUCUCUAAUGACUUCCUUGACAUUUAUCACCCCUUCUGCCCAGCUUCUUGAAAAAGAUUGUUUUUUGAGUACAAGGAUUAGUAAAAAUGCUAGCUUUGCAUUUGUUAAACAAAAUCUUGGUUUUCAGGGUUCUUGCAGACCCAGGUGCUCCACAAGUGAUGGGUUUAUAUCUCACUCAAACAAUCAAAUAAGUGGAAUUGAACAACAAGACCCAGAAGAAGAAGAAGAUGAAGAGUAUGUUCAAAUUCUUAGAGUUCCAGAAGAAUGGUUGAGUCCUUCUAAGGCCUUGGAGGAAGCGAACUGGCUUAAAGAAACACUGCAUAAAUGGUUGGAUGAUGAGUAUUGUCCAGAGGCGACUAAUGUAGAAAUCAGCAAGGUUGCUGCAGACUCAUAUCACAAAUCUUUGUUGGAAAAAGAAACUGACUUGGGUGAAAUUUUGUUGAAGUUGGCCACCGACUUGGGGAGCAUAUCCUAUCAAGAAAGCUUUCAUGGGGCAUUCUCAUCAGCAAAUGCAGCCAUAAAUCUUAUAAUGCAGCGUAUAGAGCAAAACUGAUAUUUUGUCAUCCAUGAGGUUAGGUAUGUAGGGCAUAGCAAAUUAUUGAGCUGAGGAAGUGAAGAAUACAUUAAUCUGCUCUAUUAUGAUUUAAAUUGAGAAAUGCACUAUGUUGAUGGGAUUCUUUGGCUGGUAACCAACCAGCAUCCCAUGUUAUUAAUGUACUGUACUGAAUGUACUGAUAUUCCCAUAAAAGUAAAUAACUUUGGUUUAUUACAA